UUUUUCCGACUCGACCUCAUGACCGAAGUUUUCCCCCGAAUCGCAUCCUACCCGUCUGGGCCCGCAUCCGACCCGUGAGUGCUCCGGUUCUCGUGGAGUCCUGCUCCGAUCCGAUCUCCGUCGUGGCCAAGCAAUACACGUUCCUCCCUCCUCCGGUUCUGCCCCUGUGCCGAGUCCCCUUCUAACCCGCCUCUCCGCCCCCAUAUUUUUCUCCUGCGCCACCGGAUCUCCAACCCGCUCUUUCUUCUGUCUGGAUCCGUGCCUGUGAUUUCUGCUUGCAUAUCUACUGCAAGAUUCCUUGCAGCCGGUAGGUUUUUGACAGGAACCAGUAAUGGCGGGGAGGUCCAAUAUCCCGGCGAACAACUCCGCCCUCAUCGCCAUCAUCGCCGAUGAGGACACUGUCACUGGGUUUUUGAUGGCUGGGGUUGGCAAUGUUGAUCUGCGCAAGAAAACAAAUUACCUUCUUGUAGAUAACAAAACGACAGUGAAACAGAUUGAAGAUGCAUUUAAAGAGUUUACUGCAAGGGAGGAUAUUGCUAUUGUGCUCAUCAGCCAAUAUAUUGCAAACAUGAUUAGGUUUCUGGUGGAUAGCUACAACAAGCCAAUCCCUGCGAUAUUGGAAAUUCCAUCCAAGGACCAUCCAUAUGAUCCAGCGAGUGACUCGGUCCUUUCUCGUGUGAAGUAUCUGUUUUCUGCUGACUCGGUUGCUUCUGAUAGGCGUUGAGUAGCAACCUUGUUGAUAACUGGGGCAUCACACUUUGAUUGAGUUCUUCGUGGACUUGCUCCGUGUAUCUGUAUUAAAUUAUUCAUACCAUUCUGUUGUGGGCGCACCAAUAAGGAGUAAACAAUUUGGAUUGCACCAACGGGUUAAUGUAAUAAAUUCUUACUUUUUUU